AGCUCAGCAGAUCCCGCAAACCGAUCCCCAGCUACAACCGCGGCAAGUGCUUGCGGCACAAAGCCCAAGGAACAAACACCAAGGUCUCUUGGAGAAGACAUUUCCACAUGGAGCUGGAAGGAGAGGUUACGACACUCCUGAUUCGAAGUGUGCGCAAGGUGAGCUACGAGGAGUUCAUAGCGGCCAUGAAGCUCUAUUUGGGCCCGGCAUGGGACCGCAAGAAAGUGGACUUCGUCCACCGCGUGUCUGCGGCCUUCGUGGUGAACUUCCGGUCCCACGACGCCGCCAGCCGCGUCUACCGGAGCCUCUGCCUGCUGAAAGGGGUGGAGGGCGUGCUGCUGCGCGACGUGCGGCCCGCCCGCUUGCAGGGCGUGCCCGCGAACUUGGCUUUCUACCUCGCCUGGCAGGAGGUAAGGCGUCCGAAGAGGGAGGACAAGCCGAAAGUUUUCUCGCCGAGUGGCGACGGUGUGUCCCUGGCGGAGGCACGGCGCUGCCACGUCCCGCUGAAGCUGUUGCAGCGAGUGCGCGCUUCGUUGAGCGGCAGCCAGGGACUGCUUGGAGAUGAACUCAGCAUGCAACAGCUCCUCGAGGACUCCGAGCCGGGCGACUUCGAGCCAGGCAUACGCUCGGCAUCCAGCAACGAAAUUGCAGGUGACCUGCGGACUGAAGACCUUUUUGGUGACGUGGUCCAGGCUGAUGGCCCGAGCGAGUUCGUGAAUGUGACUUGCAAGAACGGAGUUCUGCUGUACCAUUUGUGAAGCUCCCUGCACUCGCUGACUCCCGUCCAGCCUCGACGGCUUGAGCCUCGAUGGUCUGUCUGGAACUAAAGAAGAGAAGCAGAAAGUGCA